GGGCUCCUCCUUCAACAAACACAGGCUCGCGCUCAGUCAGUCAGAAAGUUUUCAUCGGAGGAGGACGAAGAGGCCGCGAGGAAGGAAAAGUAGCUGAAAAGAGACUCCUGCCGACAGAGCGAUUUAAACCUGCUGACCGGACCAGCUCGACCAAUCACCUGCCUUCCCUGUGACCUGACCAGGUCAGCUGAUGCAUCACAGAGACUUUGAUUGGUUGCAGCUGUGAAACUCAUUGAUUAGAGAAUCGUUUGGACUCGAUCGAUGGCAGCCCCAGAACUGGUCCAGGAAGACAGUCACAUCUCAGCGGAAUCCAGCGUGACCUCAUCAAACUCCCCUACACAAACUCAUCCAGAGACGGUUGCCAACGGCAACCUAAACCCCCACGCCUCCUCGCUCCCUGCCGACUGCCAUGACGGUACAAGCCAAAUGAAGAGCAGCGGACUGAGCAACCUGCUGAAGCAGAACCAGCUCAUCAACUCCCUGAGCAGCCGGCUGCAGCGCCACUGCGACUACAUCAAGAUCAGCGUGCAGGAGGAGCGCGCCAACCACCUCCCCGACGAGUGGUGGAAGACGGGCGUGGCCUUCCUCUACGCCCUCUUCAUCCUCAUCUUCACCACCGUCGUCAUCGCCAUCGUCCACGAGAGGGUUCCGGACAAGUCGGUGAGCCCGCCACUGCCAGACAAGUUCUUCGACUACGUGGACCGAGUUCCCUGGGCCUUUACCAUCACCGAGACCAAUGGUCUGAUCCUGGUGGGACUCUGGCUCAUCCAGUGGCUCUUCCUCAAGCACAAAGCCAUCGUUGGCCGCCGAUGUUUCUUCCUGAUCGGGACUCUCUACAUGUACCGCUGCGCCACCAUGUACAUCACCACCCUGCCGGUGCCGGGGAAACACAUGGUCUGCGCUCCAAAGCUGUACAACGACUCCAUGGGGAAAAUGUGGAGGAUCCUCCGGCUGAUCUCAGGAGGAGGUUUGUCGCUGACGGGAUCUCACCUGAUGUGCGGAGACUUCCUGUACAGCGGCCACACGGUCAUGCUGACGCUGUCCUACCUCUUCAUCAAGGAGUACUCUCCUCGCUGGAUGUGGUGGUAUCGCUGGUUCUGCUGGUGUCUCAGCGCCUCCGGAAUCGCCUGUAUCCUUAUCGGUCAUGAGCACUACAGCAUUGACGUGGUGAUCGGAUACUUCGCCACAACCAGGAUCUUCUGGUGGUACCACACUAUGGCCAACACACACGAGCUGCGUCGGGCUCCAAACAACUACCUGUCCAGGACUUGGUGGAACCCGGUCUUCAACUUCCUGGAGGGGAACGUCCAGACGACUGUCCCCAUCGUGUUUUUGUCUCCGCUGGCCCUCCUGUCCUCCUGCAAGCAGAGGUACAGGAUGGUGGAAGGUGGGAGAGACGAAUAAGAACAAAGAUGGAGGAACUAGAGGAGACUCGCCCAACAAGACGGACUUGAACAUCAUUUUAUUAGAACUAGAACUUAAACUCUCUCCUGUGUACUGAGGAAGAGGAGGAGGCACAGUAAAUGUGCCACAACGUUUACAUCAACAGCACCACUGUUUAUUUAUUAAUCAGAACAACGCUUGAGAUGGUGUUCCUGCCAGAAACCACAACUACCAUUCAUCCUGUCUUUCAUCAUUCAGAGCCAAACUACAAAGAAGAUGAAGUGACUCUUAACUGCAGCACCACAUGGUGGCACAUGGUGUUCUAGGUGGCUACUCCUGCUAUGAAGUUUGUUAGCUAUACGCUAGCUCUUUAUUUUUCCUUUUUUUUGUAAACUUUUACGUGUAAUGUGACUAUAAAAGUUAAAAUAUUCCACCUCCUGACAAAGAAACGGUCUGACUGGGAUCGUUUGGAAGCUAGCAGCUAAUAGCUUGCUAGCUGUUACUAGCUAGCUGUUUUAAAUCUCCAGACAGGUUCUUGUUAGUGUAAAUUUAUGUUUGUUGUUGUCUUUAUGUUGUUGGUCAUUGUUGUUUAACUUAUAUUUGUUUAGGUAUUAAAACUCUCAACUGCCAAAACUUGUUGAUGCUGAUUGGAGGUCUGAUGAAGCUCCAGAGAGACUUUCGUCCAUCCUCGUUUGCAGGUCAUUUUUUUGUUAACUUGAACACUGCGUGACAGACAGCUGUUUGCUUUGAUAAUAAAAUGGUUAUUUUCA